ACAGCCGCGCUGGUAUCGAGAGUUCAGCGCUCGAAACAGCGAAAAAGUAAAAUGGCUGAUUUGAUUCGCCAAUGACUUGCGCUUGUCAAAGAAAGAACAAGUAAUGGGUCAAAAUCAAUCCGGACCUGGAGGUGCGGGAGGAGAAAAGAAGGAUGAUAAAGAUAAAAAGAAGAAAUAUGAACCACCAGUACCAACUAGGGUUGGAAAAAAGAAGCGGCGUACUAAAGGGCCAGACGCUGCUCUGAAAUUACCUCAAGUGACACCUCACACAAGAUGUAGGUUGAAACUUUUAAAACUGGAGCGCAUUAAGGAUUACUUAUUAAUGGAAGAAGAGUUCAUCAGAAAUCAGGAGCGUCUAAAACCCCAGGAGGAAAAGAAUGAAGAAGAAAGGUCCAAAGUUGAUGACUUGAGAGGAACACCAAUGUCCGUGGGCACCUUGGAGGAGAUUAUUGAUGAUAAUCAUGCUAUUGUGUCUACAUCAGUGGGAUCAGAGCAUUAUGUAUCUAUCCUUUCAUUCGUCGACAAAGAUCAACUUGAACCAGGUUGUUCAGUUCUGUUGAAUCACAAAGUUCAUGCUGUCGUUGGUGUAUUGGGUGACGAUACAGACCCAAUGGUUACUGUGAUGAAAUUAGAAAAAGCACCACAAGAAACAUAUGCUGAUAUUGGUGGCCUGGAUGUCCAAAUUCAAGAAAUAAAGGAAUCAGUUGAACUUCCAAUGACUCAUCCAGAGUAUUAUGAAGAAAUGGGUAUCAAACCCCCAAAAGGUGUUAUUUUGUAUGGACCCCCUGGAACUGGCAAAACUUUACUUGCUAAAGCAGUAGCAAAUCAAACAUCAGCUACUUUCCUUAGAGUUGUUGGUUCAGAACUUAUUCAAAAAUAUUUAGGAGAUGGACCAAAACUUGUGAGAGAACUGUUUAGAGUUGCUGAAGAACACGCUCCUUCUAUUGUUUUUAUAGAUGAAAUUGAUGCUGUUGGUACAAAACGUUAUGAUAGCAACAGCGGGGGUGAAAGAGAAAUUCAAAGAACUAUGUUGGAACUUUUGAAUCAAUUAGAUGGUUUUGAUAGCAGAGGAGAUGUCAAAGUUGUAAUGGCAACAAAUCGAAUAGAAACACUUGAUCCAGCUUUAAUCAGGCCAGGUAGAAUUGAUAGAAAAAUUGAAUUCCCACUGCCAGAUGAAAAAACUAAGAGAAGAAUCUUCACAAUACACACUAGCCGCAUGACUUUGGCUCCUGAUGUAAAUCUUUCUGAACUGAUCAUGGCAAAAGAUGAUUUAUCUGGAGCUGAUAUUAAGGCUAUCUGUACUGAAGCAGGUUUGAUGGCUUUGAGAGAACGGAGAAUGAAAGUUACUAGUGAAGACUUUAAAAAAUCUAAAGAAAGUGUGUUGUAUAGGAAGAAGGAAGGUUCACCUGAAGGUUUAUACUUAUAAAUCGUUUUGAUCAAUUUACUUCAGUGUCUAUUUACCAUCUUCAGUUAGUGUGGAAAGAAUGAACCCUACGUUGAUUGAACUUUUGCAACAACACUACUAAUAAUAAAAUACGUUUUUUGUUUAUAAUUUUACUGAAAAAUAUUUAAUAAAAUCAUUUCUAUAUGGAUAAAAAGUUAUUAUCAACUUUCAAAUUAACAAACAACAUGAUACAAUAAAAUACCUUAAAAA